GGCACCGCUUAAACCGUAAUCAUUUUUCAACCACUUCAAAACAGACGGAAGAAUCAAUGGCUCCGAUCGCAGUUGGUGACGUCAUUCCCGAAGGAACCCUAGCUUAUUUCGACGAACAGGAUCAACUCCAGAGCGUCACACUUCACUCGCUCGCCGCCGGUAAGAAGGUCAUCCUCUUCGCCGUUCCCGGCGCAUUUACCCCCACCUGCAGCAUGAAGCACGUGCCUGGGUUCAUUGAGAAGGCGGAUGAGCUGAAAUCGAAGGGUGUUGAUGAGAUCUUGUGCAUCAGUGUAAACGACCCGUUUGUGAUGAAGGCAUGGGCAAAGACUUACCCUGAGAAUAAGCAUGUGAAGUUCUUGGCUGAUGGCUCUGCAACUUACACUAAAGCACUUGGGCUUGAACUUGACCUCACCGAAAAGGGACUUGGCCUUCGUUCUAGAAGGUUCGCUCUGUUGGUUGAAGACCUCAAAGUCAAAGCUGCCAACAUUGAAUCCGGUGGGGAAUUCACUGUGUCCAGCGCUGAUGAUAUUCUCAAGGCUCUCUAAAUGCACCGGUGAAUGUCUGGUUUUAUCAUUUUAUGCUAUUCUGUCUUUCUCUAGUAGAUGUUAAAACCGGAAAUACGAGAAAUAAACGAGGAAAGGGGUUUUGGUGUAUUUCCUCCGCCGUUACUGAUGUAAUCUGUAAUGCACUGAAUAUCACAAUAACUGUUGUUGCUUUGUUAGAUUGUUGAUUAUUUUGCAGAUUUAUUUUCUGAA